AUGUUCAAUGAGUUAAACGAUCUGAGUCUGAUUGUAAAGGAGUUAAAAGAUCUGAGUCAAGCUGUGAAAGAGUUAAAAGAUCUGAGGCUGACUAUGAAGGAGUUGAAAGAUCUGAUCGCUGCCGCCAACAACGCGAUCGACUACAGCCACCAGGCGACUGAUAGAAUGUAUUUGAUGAUCUUCAUAUUUCUUUCUGUCGUCGGACUACUGGGUCCUUACUUCUUCAAAACCGUCAUCGUCAUAGAGCGUGAAGUUCAGCCGUCUCAACUCACCUUUACCAACAAUGGCCGUGGUACUCAAAAUAUAAUCACCGGGACAGGGACAAUUAAUUCAUACAAAAUAUGUAAAAUAGCCUUCAGAAAUUUAUUCUCACCUGACCAAUCAAUGCCCGGGACAUCUGAGGUGCCCACCAAUAGGAGCGAGUCUGCUGACCCGGCCGGUUUGACUAUUGCUGUGCCGGAUGGUGUGCCGGUUGGAGUGCCGGUUGAAGUGCCGGUGAAUAUGCAUCUACAAUUGACAACAACUGAAAACACAGCUGGCCUAGUUACAAUGGAAACUAAAAGCCCCAAGCCGUAA